AUGUCGGCAAUCAAAUUAGGACAAACACUCAGCUCCAUUACACUCCGAGGUGCUGCACGAGUCGACGCCGUCUCGACACACGUGGCAACGCCGGUCGAAGCGACCUGGGACCAUGGCGGCAGUGGCGGGACGGCAGCAACGUUAGUGCUCGAUACCGACGAGUACAUCGACUCGAUGGAGAUUCAUUGGGGCAAGAAAGGACGUAAAAUACGCGUAUUUUAUCUCAAGCUCACCUCGAGUGAAGGCAACUUCAUUUCUACCGGGAUAAAGACUGCAAACAGCGCUAAAGUGAAAGCCCCCGCAGGUUUCCAACUCAGCGGCUUCUUCGGUCGCGCAGCAGCAGAAGUGGAUCAACUUGGUGUCAUCUGGACACGAAGGUCGGCAAAGGCAACAAACCUCACUGACCAAAUGGGAACCGACUGGUUCGGCAAGAGGAUUCGCAACUGGGUGGGGCCGACUAUUGGCAAUGCCAAAGAUACGGCGUGCUACCGGCAAAUGACGCCGUAUAAUAGCAGUAAAGUGUGUCCUGCAGGCUACACCAUGUACGACCAGGUCGAAGCCAACUGCAUCGCCGAAUGUCCGCUAGCGUACCCGGUGAACUGCUUCCUGGAGUGUAUCCCUCAAAAUGACGACUGUGCAUUGGAGAUAGCGCAGAAGGCGGUGGCAGUGCUGGCUUCAGUGGUUAAUGUGGCAACUGCCGGUAUCCUGGGCACAGUCAUUUCGGUGUAUCGCAAUGUACGACGAAAUUUCUUCUGCGCCGCGAACAUCGUCGGCGUGCUCCGAUCUCUCGUCUACUACGUCAGAUUCAAGCAAACCACCGCGCCACAAGGAGCAGUGGAAGAUAUUCUCGCAGUGGCGUAUCAAUCCGAUGUCGUCCUGGUGGACUUGCCAGUGGCCAUCUGCCAUUGUCUAGGACUUCACGUGCCGCCAACGUUGGUGUUCACUGGUGUUGUGAUGAUGAUUGUGGAGGCCAUUGUCAAGCAGGCAAUCGUCAAUGGCGACGAGAUUCUCUCGUCUGCGAGCAAUGUGUACAAUCUACUGUACAACGUCAGUGCUCUCAAUUCGUCCCAUUCCAGUGUGGGCGAGCUACAAGAGCUCAUGGAUACAAACUCGACGUGCGGAUAUCAACUCAAACGACUGACCGACCACGUUAUCCUGUCGGUUAAUAACGCUCGCAAGAAAGACCCCGGCGCCACAAUUAACGAUAUCCGAGUGAAGAUCAGCAAGUCGUCGCUUGUCCUGAAGGAAAUUCCAGCGGCAACUAAUAAUUGUAUGGAGGAAUUAUUGUCCUACAAGACCAGGCAAGCGGCGUUUGAAACGCGAGAUCUACUGAGGAAAACUUUCGGCGUGAUCGUGGACCAGCUGGUCAAUACAGCGACGACAAAUAAAGGGGUAUUUGUGGCACAGCAACAGUAUAUGCUGGAGGUGACAAACUAUGGGUUGGUGAUGUUUUCGGGGCUUGACCCGACACGAAUCGUCUGGUUGGCGUCUCAGUUCGUCCAGCCGACGUGUGGACCCACUGCGUUUAUCGGUGAGAUCGACGACGGCUCAUUAUAUGACGCAUUGGGUCUUCAGACCAUAGACGAAGCGUUUGUCGGGAGCUAUGGCUCGUGGAAGAAGAAAGGGGAUGGCGUUGUGAACCUCGUUUUCACGAGUAUUGACACAAAAGAUGUCAAAGUUGUGAUUCACUCGGGUGGCAACAAAAUUGCCAAGGUGCCAGUGGCUGCAGGUGGGAGGGCGACAUGGAACUCGACGGUUGAGGAACUGGAAGACAAGACGUUGUAUCUGGAUCGCUGGCGACCGAAUUUUAUCGGCAUACCAGGAUCGGGCGGUGGGUCGCUCUUGCUGUGGGUCCCGAGGGCCACGCAUGGCGGCCAUUUGACUUUGCAUGUGCGAAUUAAUGUCAGCUAG